CUUACCUCCCCCCUCUCUUUCUCGAGAGGACAUAGAGGCAUUAUCAAUGGCGGUUAUGAAACCCUAGCAACAUUGGUCUUCAUGUUUUAUCGCUUGCUCCAGCCAUCAAUUAUGCUAAUGUCGUGUUUUUUCCCCACAGAAACGAUUUUCUUCACUCCUCGGGUUUAAUGCCUCUCCAAUGCGAUAUUCCAGAUAGAGAUAGUUUCGAAACCCUAGAUAUUGCUCUGAACAGUGUCUGGAUUUAGGAUUCGAUCUUUCUUUUUGUUCAUACUUCUAUGGAACCUCCGGUGGUUAGAUCGAGGGGUCGACCGAGGAAAAGGAGGAACAAUGACCUUCAAGAUGGCAACGGUGAAGCGAAAUCGGCUCUUGAAUCGUGUAAGCGGACCAUCGUGUCGCGCCCCGUGGUUUUGGUGGGACGAUAUCUGCUGAAAGAGUUCAAGGGCAGUGGAAAGUUUCUUGGCAAAGUUUUAUAUUACGAGGAAGGACUAUACAGAGUAAUUUACGAGGAUGGCGAUAGUGAGGAUUUAGAGAGUGGGGAAAUUCGCGGGUUGCUAGUUGGCGAUCCUUAUUUUGACGAUGGUUUGAGUAACAGGAAGAAGAACUUGGAUGAACUAGCAGUUAGGUUUAAUGCUAAGAGUACAAAUGCGACGGGGAAGAACGUGACGGACUUAACUGACAAGGUGGAUCCGGUUGAAGCAUCUGUACCGAUCAAGUUAAGCAGUGAGCAUAGAAUUGAAAAGGAUGCCGGAGAUGUAGAAGUUGACGAGUCUUCGAGUGAUUCAUUUGAGUCUGUUCAGGACCGGGAUUGUGAAUUUGAAGAUGAAAGUCAGCUUAUUCCAGCUCCACAGUUACCGCCGUCUUCUGGAACCAUUGGGAUCCAAGAGCAGCACGUUUCACAUCUCUUAUCUGUUUAUGGUUUCCUGCGAUCAUUUAGUUUCCGCUUAUUCCUGUUUCCAUUUAGUUUGGAUGAAUUUGUGGGAUCACUUAAUUGUGGUGUCGCGAACACAUUGUUGGAUUCCAUUCAUGUUGCUUUAAUGCGUGCCUUACGCCGGCAUCUUGAAAUUCUUUCUUCAGAUGGCUUAGAGAUCGCAUCAGAAUGCUUGAGGCACCUCAAUUGGAACUUACUAGAUUCACUUACUUGGCCUGUUUAUUUGGUCCAAUAUUUAACUGUUAUGGGAUACGCAAAGGGGUUGGAAUGGAAUGGAUUUUACAAGCAUGCUUUAAGUAAUGAGUAUUACUCCAUUCCUGCUGGUCGAAAGCUUGUGGUUCUGCAAAUUCUUUGUGAUGAAGUAUUAGAAUCUGGAGAGCUUAGAGCAGAAAUUGACAUGCGUGAAAUAUCUGAAGUUGGACUGGAUUAUGAUGCUGGAGCAACAUGUCUGUUUGAAAAUGGGCCUAGAAGGGUUCAUCCCAGAUACCCCAAAACUUCAGCUUGCAAGGAUGGAGAAGCUAUGGAGAUUAUUGUAGAGAAUCAUGGGAUGAAAUCUUAUACAGACCAAAAUUUUGUUGGUUUGAAAGGUGGUACUAAUGGUGACUUGGAUGCUACUGCUACUGAUGCAAACAGAAAUAGCGAUGAGUGUCGACUUUGUGGGAUGGAUGGGAGCCUGCUUUGUUGUGAUGGGUGCCCAUCAGCAUACCAUUUGAGAUGUAUAGGCAUGAUGAAGCUCCUUAUACCUCAAGGGCCAUGGUAUUGUCCUGAAUGCAAUAUAAAUAAGACAGAGCCAGCUAUAAUGAACGAAUCAUCUCUCAGAGGAGCAAAAGUUUUUGGCAUUGAUCCACAUGAGCACAUUUUCUUGGGUAGUUGCAACCACUUGGUGGUGCUCAAGGCUUCCAUCAACUCGGAACCAUGUCUCAAAUAUUAUAAUCAAAAUGACAUUCUGCAAGUUCUUCAUGUUCUUUGUUCUUCCUCGCAAUAUAUUGCUUUAUAUUAUGGCAUCUGUAAGGCCAUUAUGCAAUAUUGGGACAUCCCAGAAAAUCUCCUAAUGCUUCCUGAAGCAAGUGGAAUGGAUGUCCUACCUGUGGAGUUGAGAAAAUCACUUCCAGCUAGUGAGGAAGAAGACCAUAAGGAGCUUGAUGUGGUUGAGGAUAGAAAAGAUGUGGCUACGUGUAAAAGUGAAGAAGACAAUAAGGUGGUUCCAUACUUGGAUACCUUGCAUGUGGGAACUUCACGGGACCCACCUGCUCGUCAAACUAAUAGUGGAACAAUGCCAUUUGAGUAUAUGGGAAAAAACGUGCGAAGUAAUGGUUUUAACGUGGACUCUUUUACUUCUAAUUGUUCAAUUAGCAAGCUGGAGAAUUCAACUGACUUAGCUUGCCCAGAUGUGAUUGAUAUAUCCAGUACAACAGACCUUUCAAAUACUUCAGGAAACAAAAAUUUUAGCCAUACUGUGAAUGCCAGUGCCUCUAUUUCAUUGAAUUUGUCUCGUCAAAGCCAGAAUGGUGGUCUUUUGGGUAAUGGAAAAGUGAAGGGUGAUAUCAAGUCAGCUGUUGCUUCUACUUACAUGGGCUCGCACUAUAAGCCUCAGGCAUAUGUUAAUCACUAUGUCCAUGGUGAAUUUGCUGCCUCAGCUGCUCAUAAACUGGAUGUCUUGUCAUCAGAAGAAACUCGGGUUUUGGGAACCCAUGCCUCUGAUAACAAGAGAAGUAGUUCUGCUUCUGCAUAUGCUUUAUUGCAAGCAAAGGCAUUUUCACUAACAGCCUCACGCUUCUUCUGGCCAACAUUUGACAAGAAGCUCAUGGAGGUACCGAGGGAGAGGUGUGGUUGGUGUCUAUCUUGUAGAGCCACUGUCUUAAGCAAGAAAGGAUGUUUGUUGAAUCAUGCUGCAUUGACUGCUACCAGAGGUGCUAUGAAAAUCCUUUCAGGCCUUCGUCUUGGGAAGAAUGGAGAAGGAAAUCUGUCUUGCAUAGCAGUGUACAUUCUGUAUAUGGAGGAGAGUUUACAGGGUCUUCUUGGUGGUCCUUUCUUGAGUGAAAGCUAUAGAAAACAAUGGCGUCAACAAUUAGAAUUGGCUUCAAGUUGCAGUUUAAUAAAAUUUCUCUUGCUUGAACUCGAAGUAAACAUUCGCUGUAUUGCUCUUUCUGGUAACUGGUUUAAGCUGGUAGAUGAUUGGUUUUUAGAAACUUCCAUGAUUCAAAAUGCUCCGAGUGCUGUUGGUACAACAAUUCACAAACGUGGACCUGGUAGGAGAAGCAGGAAGCAGUCUGUAUCUGAAGUUCCUUCUCAUGAUCGUUCUGCUGCCAAUUUUUUAUGGUUUCGAGGAGGGCGAUCAAAACUUGUAUUCCAGAGAGCAGCAUUGCCUCGAUGUAUUGUUGCUAAAGCAGCUCGCCAAGGUGGCUCAAAGAAGAUUUCUGGUGUAUACUAUACUGAUGGUUCCGAGAUUCCAAGGAGGAGCAGACAGCUUGUGUGGAGAGCUGCUGUUGAAGCGAGCAAGAAUGCAUCACAACUUGCCCUUCAGUUGAGGAACCUAGACUUCCAUUUGAGAUGGAGUGAUCUUGUUCGUCCGGAACAAACCCUUCAGGAUAUGAAAGGUCAAGAGACCGAGGCUUCCAUUUUCCGAAAUGCUAGUAUUAUUGAUAAGAAAGUUGUGGACAAUAAGAUUACAUAUGGAGUUGCCUUUGGGAGUCAAAAACAUCUUCCUUCUCGUGUUAUGAAGAAUGUCAUUGAAAUAGAACAAAAGCAAGAUGGGAAAGUUGCAUAUUGGUUUUUGGAAAAUUGCAUCCCUUUAUAUCUGGUCAAAGAGUAUGAGGAAGGUUCUAUUCAAGUUAAUUUGCCAUCAGCCACGGAAUACCAAAAUUGUUUGCAAUCACGAAGAAGACAGUUGAAAUCCUACCAGAGGGAGAUAUUUUUCUAUCUCACGUGUAGAAGAGACAAUAUGGGAUUGUUGUCAUGUUCGUCGUGUCAAUUGGAAGUUCCGAUUAGGAAUGCAAUAAAGUGCAGUUCUUGCCGAGACUAUUGUCACGUAAACUGUGCCGUGAGAUCAUCAAUUUCUGCUCCCGAGGGUGUUGGGUAUCCAAUCACAUGCAAGCAGUGUUACCAUCUCAAAGCUCUUAUUCACAUUGAAAACAGUACAGAAUCACCAACCAGUCCAUUACCUUUGCAAGGGAAAGAACAUCGUAGUUUGUCAACUGUACGCAAGAGUGCAAGGCCUAAUGGCUCCAUUCAGCCAUCAGCUCCUGUAAACAAACCGGACCCGCAGUCUGAGAAGAAACAAGCUCCUCCUGUAUCUGGUUCGGCUUCUAAGAACCGGCGGAGGAAUUGCUCCUGGGGUAUCAUAUGGAAGAAGAAGAAUAUUGCAGACACGGGUGCCAAUUUCAGGCACAGUUAUCUUCUUUUAAAGGGCAGGCGGGAAUUACAUCAUAUGGAACCCGUAUGCUAUUUAUGUACUAAGCCAUAUAGGUCCGAUUUAAUGUACAUCUGCUGUGAGGCUUGCAAAAAUUGGUACCAUGCAGAAGCUGUUGAACUUGAGGAAUCAAAAAUCUUUGAUGUGGUCGGCUUCAAGUGUUGCAGAUGUCGCCGAAUUAAAUCACCUGAAUGUCCUUACAUGGACCCCAAACCCGAAAAACAAGAGGGGGUCAAGAAAACACGUGCAAAGUCGUCGAAGCAGGAAAAUUCAGGGGUAGAAUGUGAUUAUUCGACCGUUUCUGAUUCUAAGAAGCUUGGGGCAAGCAGUCCUUUGUUGUUGCCUAAGGAAGAAGAAUCUGGACAAGAUUCUUUCAUUUUCUCUCUUUCAAGAGUUGAGCUAAUUACGGAACCCAACUCUGGAUUAGAUGAUGACUGGAACGCAGCCGGACCACAGAAGCUACCUGUUAGAAGGCUUACAAAGCCGGAAGAUGAUGCAGAUGGAGAUGGCUUUUCCGAGACUUCUUUAUUUUCCAUCCAGAAUGAAACAAGUACACUCUUGAAGCCCAUAGACAAAUCUUCACCAUUCUCGGAAUGGGACAAUUCUAAUCAUGGCCUCGAGGGAGAUGCGGCAGCCUACGAUUUUGAGAGCCUUACUUAUGAGGACAUGGAUUUUGGACCUCAGACCUACUUCUCUUUUACAGAAUUACUAGCACCUGAUGAUGUAGAGUUCGGUGGGAUAGAUCCAUCUCGAGAUGCCUCAGGAGAUGCGGGGAAUUCCUUUGUAAUCAUGGAUAACGAUGUCCCAAAUCACAGUUCGAGCGAGCAACUGGAACCUGCAAUGUCUAUACCCGCUGCAAUCUGUCAAAUCUGUACACAUAUGGAUCCUGUCCCUGAUCUCGCUUGCCAAAUAUGUGGACUACAAAUACACAGUCAUUGUUCGCCCUGGGGCGAUGGUCCUCCUGUGACUGUGGAAGAGAGGUGGUCUUGUGGCCGUUGCCGGGAGUGGCAGUGACUAGUUUCGGCCAUCGUUGGGAGUCUGUUUUUGUGCUUCUGGUUCUUGGAUUCCAUUGGGCAAAGAAGCCAAGCUGCCAACUGAACAAAGCUAUAAUAAUAGCAAAGAAGCAUGUUUGUAAAUCCACGUAAAUACUUAGGACCUCUUCUUGUUGAGCCGGACUGUUGAAGAUUCUCAGGUAAGCUGCCCGCCAUGCCUCGGUUACCACUCUUUUAUCAACGAGGCUUGUUCACGGAAGUUUUGCAUUCCGAGAUGAUGGUUAGCGGGCUCAACGUCGAGCUUAGAAUUCUACCAGAAAGUUGCGAGUUCUCUCAGUCUUUUUUUUUUUUUUUUUUGCCUCUUCCAAAAUCUUCAGUCAUCUAACCAAUUUUCUCCCCCGACUAAAAAUUUUUUGGGAAUACCUGAUGGAUGAAUCAGCUUAUUUAUCUAGUGAGGUAAGCACGGUUUUAUGUGCUUAUCUGAUUGAAUUGCCUGUACAAAUUUGUGAUGGCACUUUCAACUCAUCAAGGUGCUUGCUAAUAUCAAAAGUUUACAUUCUUAAAUCUCA